AUGCCGAAAGAGUUUCAGAAGACUUCUGAGGUUUUACCGUUCACGAAAUAUGGUAUUUCCACAGUGGAUGAAUUUCAAAAAGUUGAAAAGGAUAUGCAUCAUUUAGAAUGGUUAAAAAAGAUUGGUUUAACAUCUGAAGAGAUCAAUUUAUACCAAGAAAACGAAGCAGGUCUUCUAGACCAACGUAAAAAGAUUGAGUCCAGUGCAUUAAAGUCUAAAUUGGAAGCAUUGUAUAAUAAAAUCAAUGAAAAUCAAAAUUCAUCAGGAAGUUCAAAAGAAACCAAUGUCAGCCCAGGAACGUCUGAUGUUCAAGAGGAUAGAUUAAAAAGAUUGCAGACAAAAACAAUUUCGUUUUUUCCCGAGGGACAUCCAAUGAACGAGCUGAAAGAGAUUGAAGAAAACCUAUUUGGACAUUUGAGGAAUGAUAACAUAUUACCGUUAACAAAAAGACGUAAAAUACUAAGACGACUCGAGAGAAAAAAAGAAAAAUUAAUUUUACAGCAAAAGCAACCAGGAAUUAUACCUGUUGCUGGCCCGUCGGAAGUAAAACCAGGAAGUCUAUGGGAUGUUAAAGACAGACCAAAUAAAACAUUAUCGGAAAAAUCAAAGUUGAUAGGUCCAAAACAACAGAAUAUGUACACUGUGAAAAAUAAUAAAAUUGUCAGAUUGGAACCCAUACAAAAUGAGGAUGAAAGGGAACAAGAGUACCGAGCGGUUGAUAUUGUGGUUCCUGUAAACGCAGCAGAAGAACAAUUGUUAGAAGGCACCAAGAUGUGCUUGGAUGAUAUUAAGAAGAUAGAAAGAUUUAAGGAUUAUGAACCUGGUAUACCAUCUAAAGUGUUAUUCCUAAAGAACAUAUCACCGAGUAUAACUCAAGAACAGUUAUCGCUAUUGUUCAAUCAGUUCCACUUAGAGAAUGGUGGUCCGGUACAAUUGAGACUUAUGUCGGGAUGGAUGAGAGGGCAGGCUUUCGUGACAUUUCAAAGUGAAGACUUAGCUAUACAAGCUUUAGAAGAAGUGAAUGGUACAAUAAUGAGUGGUCAGCCAAUAAUAGCUCAAUUUGGCAGAAACAGCAACAGGAUACAAAUUGAAGAAAAUAGAUAA